AUGUCAUCUCUCCUCAAGAAGGCCAAAGCCAAAAUUGACGAGGUUCGACACCCCUCUGGCUCCGAGAGUGCGCCAGCGGAGGAGCCCUCUCAGCAGCCACAAGUCGAAGGUACCCCUGCCGCAACGGAAGACAUCUCGCCGCCAAAAGAGACCAAUGGAGAGCUACCAGAGCCUGAUGUUGGACGGCCAUUGUCUGAACAGUUCGGAGAACAACAACAGCCCGUCGCAGCAGAGCCACAAGAUUCCGAGCCGAACUCUGGAACCUACAUGAAUUACCAACCAGCCCAGGACAGCACAGGCAAGCAGGAAGAGACUGUGACUGAGUCGCAGCCCACGAAUCCUGAUCUCGUGAGCCAGUUCGAGCCCCAGAGGCCGGAAGUAGGGUCCGAGCAGAAGGAUGACUCUGCUCUCAGCGCCAUUGGUACGCAAGACAUGAGCAAUCAAGACGCUGAGCAGCCGAAGGAGAGCACCUUGCCAGAUUCCGCUGUUGAUUCGCAACCUACUAUUAGUGGUGAUGAGCAGCCAACGCCAGCAGAGCAGCAGACGGUAGAUGGACAGGACAAAGCCGCCGAACAGACCAAUGUCAGCAAGGACGAGUCUGUAGAACAGCCCACAGACGAUGUCGGUGCGACGACGAGUGGCAGUGUCCCCAGCCAGGCAGAGGAUACAAACAAAGACUCUUCUGACCAGAUAGCGGAGACACCAGCGGUCCCUGCGACUGUCGCUGGUGGCCAAAGUGGUGAGGCAGAGGAAGCUUGCAAGCCCGAGACGACCGAACUGAGCCAGACCGGCGCCGCGGGAGAGCCAGUAAGUCAAGACGUUGGUGAGAGCGCCACGGCACCCGCUAUCAAGUCUUCAGAGGGUAAAGGAGGCAGCCAGGAUGACGGCGAGCAGCAACGUUCGGAUCAGCCGCGGACAGAACAAGAUGACAACAUGGAUUCUUCUCAAGGCGUGAGGCCUGGUGCUGGUCUGGAGGGUGAAAAGGAGGAACCCGAGGCCGAAGGCGACUCUACUGCGGAUGGAGGGGAUGUACAGCAGAACGAAAGCGACAACGCCGAAACUGCCAUGAAGGGCGGCGUUGGGAGCGGCAAGGAUGAUGGCGAACAAGAGCGAUCAGACUUGCCAGAGAAAGAUCAGGACGAGAGCAUGGAGAACUCGCAGGCUGUACGUCCCGGCCAAGAGGAUGCCGGUAUUACUGGCGUGGACAAGGACGCGGAAGGCCAAGGCUCAGAGGCUGCCGACACUACCGAGAAGGAAACUUCGCUGGAGGAGGAUUCUUCCAAGGCCGAAGAGAAGCCAGCAGAUACGUUGGUUGGCGCCCAAGAAGAUGCGCCCAAAACAUCUGAGCCGACUGAAGAAUUCAGGGCGACCAAGACCGGGGACGAGAAGGCCGCAUCAACAGAUACUGAACCGAGCAAAGACACCGUGAAGGACAGCGAGGGCAGCAGCCCCGAAGGUCAAGAGUCGAAACCAUCUGACGAGUCUGAGGAUACUCAAGACAAGAACAUUGGUGACGCACAGAUCGCGCCAAUGGAACAUGCAAGCGCUGAAGCCUCCCAGGAGCAAGCCGCCAGCGACUCUGGAGACGUCAAGCCAGGUAGCGACAACGAUAUCAAUGACACAUCGGAGGUCAAAGGUGACGAGCAUGCUGACGACAGCCAACAGAAGGAGAAGGAGCCCUCUGGCGAACCCAAGGAAGCGCAGGACGAGAACAUUGAUUCCGCACAGGUUGCACCAAUGGGACAGGAGACCUUGGAGCAGUCGAAGCAAGCUACCGGCGAAUCUGAGGAGGUCAAGGCCGAUGCUGCCACCGACGAGACGGGGGAGUCGAAGACCGAGAUUGGUGAGCAAGCCACCGAGAAGGAGGUAGCUGAUGCUGAGGCUACGGACAAGGACACAGCGAACGACGAGGUGAAUGAAGGUGCAGCAAAGACGUCUGAUCCGGAGGAAAGCAAGUCGGAUGAAUCGCAAGGCCUGGCUGUUGGCGCGGCAGCUGGUGCAGCCGUUGGAGGUGGUACAGCAGCAGCGGUUAUUGGAUCGCAGAGCGACGAGCAACAGAAAGAUACUCCGGAACAAAGCACAGAUAAGGAGACCACGCAAGAAGGAGCUGCUCCUGCCUCUACGACCGAUGAGGCUUCCACGACGCAAGACAUGAAGGACACUUUCCAAGAAGAACCAAAGCAAGAAAGUGCGAAUAAUGCCGAGCCAUCGAGCGACGCCCAGACCUAUGAUGCACCGCAGACGAGCGAGCAGGAAGCUGCCUCGUCUAGUGAAUCCAAAGAGACGGAAGAGGCCUUGCAAGCCGCUCUUGAUCGUCACAACGCCGCACUUGAGAAGGAAGACAAGGCCACUUUGACUUUGUUGCCGGCCAGUGAGAAGGAAGCGUAG